ACUUCCUUUAAAUAAAGAGAUAUUGACGAUAAAUUGAUUUUGGUUCUUUUUUUUUGUUACGCAAUUCUUCUUUGCAUAUCUGAUUGACGGAAUUAAGUGUUACUCGUACAGAAAUUUUAACGUUUAAAUGUUCAUAAACAUUUAUUUAAAAGCCUGUUAACACGAAUAGACAACUUUAACUAAUCUGAAGGUCAUAAUGGCGACUAAAGGAAGUAAAAAUGCAUCCGACGAGUUGAUAGAAACUAAAUGUAGUGUCUGUGCUGGGAAAAUAUAACCCGAGAAGCGGAAAAAUAUUGUGUAGAAUGCCAGGACUAUUACUGUAUACAUUGUACAGACAUGCACAAAGCAUUUCCUGCAAUGAGGGGACACAAAUUGUUGGACAAAUCGGAAUUUCGCACGAAACGGACGCUGACAUCUUUACCGAUUUAUCCGACAGAGAGAUGUCCAAUUCACAAGGCCAAACUGUUGGACAUAUUCUGUGAGAACCAUGAUGAAGUUCUCUGUGCAACAUGCGUAGCAAUCAAUCACAGAUCAUGUCAGGCUAUACAUUCAAUUCCUGAAGAAGUUGAUACGCUGUACAAGCAGCCACUUUCAAAUAAAAUUAUAUCGGGACUUAAUGAAGAAAAGCAGCAAUUUGCAGAUAUCAAACAAAGGAAACAGCAUCUAAUUACUGAGAUAAAGAAACAAAAGAAAAUCGCUAUUGAUUCUAUAUUAGACUAUAAGAAAGAACUUGAGGAUGAACUGAACAGACUUGAGCGUGAAUCAGUCAAGUUAGUUGAAAAAGAAUAUGGAAGUAUUGAACAAGAUUUACAGAAUGCCAUCAAAGAAUCAGAUAAAUGUAUUGAUGAAUUUGAACAAUCAGCAGACAAGAUACAAAGGUCUCAAGGAAAUAAAGCUCAAGAAUUCGUGAAAAUAAAAACUGCUCAGAGAAUUAUUCGCACGGCCUGUGAAUCUAAAAAAUUGCUGAAUAAGUCAGCUGUUACUGAAAUAGCAUGUACUAUGGACGCAAACAUUAAACAAUUUUUGAAACAAGCUGAAGUAUUAGGGCAUAUUUCCAUAGAAGAACCAAGUUCGAUAGAAGUACCAAGGACAACAGCUUAUACUGUGAAACAACACAGCAGUUUUAGCGCACAGGUGAAGUCAGAUGAUUCAUGUUGGCUAUAUCAUUCAUGCCUUCUUGAGGAUGGUUCUCUUCUUGUCACAGAUGUUAAUAAUAAGAAACUGAAGCGUAUUAAUACUACCAACUAUACCAUCACAGAUCACUUUGACAUGGAGGUUGGACUUAUAGCUAUAAUCUUCACUAUCUAUUCCUCCAACAGUUUUGGUUUAGCUUCAGGCAUUUUCUGUCCUUGUAAGUCAGUUCGUGUUGGGGAAAUGUAUAUUGGAGCUUUUUCACUGGGCGAAAUAUCUGCUUGUGAAUACUGGGAUAAACUUGUGUCCUUGUAAGACGCCAUCGUCAACAGAUAAAGAGCACAAACAACACCACCACCAAGCUUUAUAAUAUUUCGGACUUUUUGACU